GACAGGCUGAGAGCUGGACCCUCGUCAUUGCCACGUAUUUUGUCACCGAGGCAGGGUAACCCAUGGUAACUAAGCUCCCGAUCAGUUAAGGGGCAGAGAGCCUCCCCUCUCUCCACUGCUCUAUAAAAGAGACCCAGUGAAGGGACCCCAGCAGCCUCGAGCUCUCAGCGUGGGCGAAGGUGUGGGAAGGAGCGGCUAAGAUCUCUGCAGCCGAGCGAGGGAGCGCACCAGCUGCAGAGACAAGGCCAGCAUGCCACCGAACUUCAAACUCCAAUGUCACUUCAUUCUGCUCCUCCUGACAGCCCUAAGGGGAGAGAGCCGGUACCUUGAGAUGCAAGAAGCCUUGGACUACGACCCUUUCCUGCUCUUCAGCGCCAAUCUGAAGAGGGACCUGGCAGAGGAGCAGCCGUACCGCCGGGCUCUGAGGUGCCUGGACAUGCUGAGCCUCUCUGGCCAGUUCACCUUCACCGCCGAUCGACCGCAGCUGCACUGCGCCGCUUUCUUCAUCGCGGAACCGGAGGAGUUCAUCACUAUCCACUACGAUUUGGUCUCCAUCGACUGCCAGGGUGGGGAAUUUCUGAAGGUAUUUGAUGGUUGGAUCCUCAAAGGGGAGCACUUCCCAAGUUCUCAGGAUCACCCUCUACCCAUGGCGAAGCGGUACACAGAUUUCUGUGAGAACGGUCUUACUAGAAGGAGCAUCAGGUCUUCCCAGAAUGUGGCCAUGGUCUUCUUCCGGAUCUAUGAACCCGGAAAUGGAUUCACACUGACCAUAGAGAGAGAGCCCAACCUCUUCCCUUGCAAUGUCAUCUCCCAAACCCCGAGUGGAAGGUUCACUCUGGUGGUUCCACGCCAGCACCAAAACUGCAGCUUCUCCAUCAUUUACCCGGUGGUAAUCAAGAUCUCUGACCUCACCCUGGGCCACGCAAACGGCCUUCAGUUAAAGAAACCUGUGGCUGGCUGUGGCGGAACUGGCGACUUUGUGGAGCUGCUGGGAGGAACUGGAUUGGACCCAUCCAAGAUGAUGCCUUUAGCAGACCUGUGCUACCCCUUUCAUGGCCCUGCCCAGAUGAAAAUUAGCUGUGACAAUGCUGUGGUGCGCAUGGUCUCCAGCGGGAAACACGUUAACCGCGUGACGUUUGAGUAUCGGCAGCUGGAGCCAUCGGAGCUAGAAACAUCGACCGGAAACAGCAUCCCGGAAUUCUGUUUGGCUGAUCUUCAGUGA